GCCUUCGUACGCUAGCAGCUGCGACGACACUCUACGAUCUCCUACUUUCUGUUCAAUUACCUCUUUGACGGCCAGUGUAGACGACGACGGCCUGGUGCUGUCCACAUACUCUACCCCUACUCAACUAUCAUACCCUACGCCACCCCAUAAUACCCAAUGUACCCUGCAUACUACUCUCAGUGGCCCAACGCGUGGCGGCGCAACCCGCACGUCCACUACGCAUCGGAUGUUCGCCCAGAGGGCAAGUACACGACGAAACUGCCCUUCGAUCAGCUCAACUACAACGGCACGGAGCAGGCUCAGCACGAUCCCCCGACACCAAACCCGCUCCACACGCCGAGGCAUACGCGGCAGAUGUUGCCUGUGCGACCCGCGCUGCGCCAUCUCGCGCCGCCGUCAGUUCUUCCGCGCAGACCAGUACCGCUUCCUACCGCGACUCCAGCGCCUUCCGCGACGCCCUACGUCCACCAGAGUGCGUCGAGCGCCCCUCAAGCGGCUGCACCGCGCCCUCCGCCGAUGUCUGCUUCGAAUGCGCGUAGCGCCCCCUUUGCGAACCCGCUGCCCGCCGCACCGCGACCGGUGCUCGGCAGGAUGCCCAUAUGGAGCCGGAGUAAGAACAGAUGGGAAGGCGACUUUGCUUAUGAGGCGCAGGCGCCAUCUGUACCGACUUCGUCGUCUGCGCCACCGACGGGGGCGCAGACUGUAGAUCCGCCAGCAGCGAUGCAGACUACGAGACCGCCUCCGUCCGCUUACCAGCAACCGCAGCCCGUUCCGCACCAAGCCCCUAGCUCCGUCCUGCCUGUCCAGGUCGCUCACAGCGCGCCUGCCUCUGCACAAACUUCAUCGGUGUCGGCCCAUAACCCUAGCUACGUUGCGCAGGCGCCCACGCUUGCUGCAGAGCAGCAGGAGCCAAGUUCCCCUGCUGCCAACGUCGGCGGCAGCCCACCUUCGUCGCCUGUCGAGUCUGCUACUCAGGGGCGUCCUGCAUCUCAGCUGCCAGUCGUUAGCCAAACUACGACCUGCAGCGGGGCGCCACACACGAAUGCCGGCGUUGUCGCCCCGGGCGAUAGAACGCCCUCCAACAAUGGACAUCUCGUCCUCGAUGACUCUACGUCGAUCAAGCACUCGAUGGGCGUUUGCGCUCUACCCACUUUGCUCUCCCCUUGGGAGACAAUCCGUUCGGUGGAUGUCACGAUACCUGUCAGCGUGAACGACCUGCAGAAAAUCCUACGUCGUGCGCACAACUUGGAGUUCGCGAGUUUUGCUUCGAUCCUUCCGAAAACCAGGCGGCUUAGACAUUGGGAUAGAAUUACGCUCCCCAAUCUGGAGCGCCUGGUGAUUGACAACAUCCAGGCUUCUAUUCGUGGCGUGCUGCAGGACCUCGACGCUGAACAGUUGAAUUAUUUACGCGUUGCCUAUGCACCUGGUGCAGCCUGCAACCUUUGGAGCGACGAGCAGGAUUAUUACAUGCUCCUUUGGGACGCAUGGGGAUUGAUGCGAGAGAGCCCUCGCAUCGGCAGGAUCAGAGUCUCGUCAAACAAUGAAUGGUACCGUGAUAGACGAGCGGCGCAGUUUCGAAAAUUACUACAAGAGGCGGUGGGGGCUCAAUGGGAUGUUCGAGUGCACUGA